AUGCUUUCCGGCGGGUUGAACUUAAUUUCGAGCAAUUCAACCUUUUCGACGGCAAAUUCCGACCCAGAAGAUUUGCCGCCGGUUUCCACCUCCUUUUCCGUGGCCACCUUUGAGGGGCCAAUCUCGGUGUUUAUGCAAUACGCGCUCGACGAGCAGGCGACGAUUUUGGUAUCGGGCGCCCGUGAGACGAGCACACCUGCAGAAUGUUGGAGAUGCACCGUCUUCGUGCUCGGCGACGAGAAGCUGAUCGACGACGCGGCGCUGGCCAUGUGGCGGACGGUGGAUGAGGAGGCCGGCGUAUACGACAACGAACUUGAGCAGAGCCUGAUCCGUCGCACGGGUGCCGUCCGUACGCAUGCCGUCAUCCCGUUCUCCCUGGGCAACGGUCUCGAGUUCAACGUUGCCGCAUAUUCGCUGGUGGCGACAAAGACGAAGCCGACGCCAUUCUCCAUCCAUGCAAAGACUGGGGCAGCACUCAAAUCCAUCACCACAUACUCGUCUACCACUCAGGAAACACCACAUGACGCUGACGAUGAGCAGCAACGGAUGGAAAGGGAGGAGACGAAGGAGGACAUUCCGAAACAAUCCUUCCAACGACACCAAUUGGCUCAAAUGAGAGAUGCCUCCGUCUACUGGAAUUCCGUGCUGUCGAGUCCCCUCACCAUCGGUCCACGCGACAGUUCUCAUCUUGGCGCCACAUCGCUCUACUCUCAUUUGUUGGAUCGGAUGGACCAUCGACAGGUGGUGGCCAUCUGUGAAUAUGUGGGUCGUGCCAAUCAGAAGCCCCGUAUCGUGGCCCUCAUCCCGAAUACACAGCACGAUCAAGAGGCCGCCGUCCAUCCAGGCUUUCUCCUCGUCGAACUCCACGAUCCCGGCGACAAAAUGGACAUCGCAGCGGCAUUUGAGGAAAAGAUGAAGCCCCCUGAAGGAAUGGCAAAGUGGCCCACUGGCUAUGCCAAGGCUGUCGAAGCGGCGAAGACGCUGUGCCCGGCGCUGCUCAAGAAACGCUUCACACCCACGGCAUAUCCAAAUCCACAUCUGCAAGCCUUCUAUACGAUGAUGAAACGAGAGGCCAACCUGGAUACUCCAGACAAUGAGACUGAAGAAUGGACGGAGGCCAUGCGUACCAAAUGGGAUCACAUCAGCGAUUCGGUGAAGCGGUUCAAGGACAUUGCCCCCGAUGUAUUCUCGCCUCCUCGACCGCCAUCGACGACGACUUCAGCCAUCGAUAAUUGUGAAACCGACGACGCGACAGCGCGA